AUGGCCUCAUCGCCCUCUCCAUUGUCGCCUGUUCCCGGCCAGCAAUCAGCAGAGGCGCAUGCGGGUGCGGGUGCGAGUGCGGGCAUCCCGCAGACGCUCUGGAGCCUACGCGUGCCCCUUUACAUCACGCGCAAGGCGGCUCCCAGCACCCCCUUCAUCACCUCUGUGCCGCGCUUCAGCUACCUGGCCCAGCUCCUGCCGAGAUUGUCGGCCUUCUUUGGCACCCCCUGCAGCAGUUUCCACCACGAGGAGGUCCAGAUGCGGAACCUGACCGUCGGCCUGCUUGUCGAUCUCUACCAGCCUCAGCUGCCGUGGAAGCUGCAGGUCGGAGACGGUGACGAAUGGGAUAUUGGGGACACGUUUCUCAACGGCGUCAAGGAGGCAGACUUCGUGCGCAACGGCAACGCAAAGCAGAUCAUGAGCCUCUCAAAGGAGCACACCACCGCCCUUUGGAACGCGGUCCAGGACAACGACUACGCCUCCUUCUCAAAGGUCAACUCGCAGCUCUUGAACCCGCCGACACCGCUCAAACACGUCCCAAUUCGCAUCUACAUCCCUUCCUCACCGCCAGACCCCUCCACCAGCGGGGCGGCGUCCGCGGCGCCUGGCAGCUUCAGGGUGAUGCAGUCGCUCGUGCCCCUUCGGUCGGCAAAUCGUAGCCCACAGACCCUCGGCCCCGUGCUGCGCGGCCUGCUGCCGUCCCUGUUCCCCAGCAGCCGCGACCCCGUGCUGGCCAACGUUGUACUGCACGGCGCGCCGGUCCCCUUCUCCGCGCCCCUGGAGGAUCUGAUGCGCGAGGCGGCCUACCCGGACGGGUGGCUUUGUCUGAUCAUCACGUUGCUGUGA